CGAAGGUCAAAGUAUACAAAAAGCAAGAUAACGCGUGUUUCUCACGUGAGCAACGCCUCAAAAUAGCAAGAUUUGGAGAUUCGCCGCAGCCGCCUCAUGAGCUCGCCCGAGCUCAGCCCUUCGUCGCCGCUGCUGCGACCCAUGACGCCGCCGCGCCGACCGAGCACGCCGACACGGACGCCAGCGACGCCGCCACGCAACCCGAGUACGCCGACACGCAACCCGAGUACGCCGCCGCGAACACCGAUGCGCCGCCCGAGCGAGCCGCCGACGCCUAUCCUCCGUGCGCUCGGGUCGUUGGACGACGAACCGCCGCUCGCUGAAAACUACCACGAAUGCCCCGUGUGCCAACGCCACUUUUCACUCGUGCGAUUCAAGCACCGCUGCAAAGCGUGCAAUCGCAAGGUGUGCAACGACUGCUCCAAGAGCCGCUUGCGCCUCAGCGACAUGGGCCUCGUGCACCGCGAUAAGAAGGGCAACAUCAAGCACGACCGCGGCCGUCGUGGCGCACGCGUCUGCGAUCCGUGCGCGCGCAGCUACUUUGCAACCAAGAUGGAGGCCGCGCCGGCCGCGGCCGCGAGCGCCCACGACGAUGCCCCGCUGCGGCUCCUGCGCACGCGGCACUAUACGGUCUUUGGCUUCUUCUGCCUCGUGCUGCUGCUGCGCGUGGCCGUGCCCGGGCACAGUCUGCACGCGAAUAUUGACAAGUACCCGUUGCUCUUUUUUGGCACCGACAUUGCGCGCCAAGUCUCGUCCUUCUGGACGAAGUCGAGCGACUGGCGCAACACGGCGCCAUUGCGCCCGUCGGUCGCCCCGCCGAGCGUGCACGGACUCGAACCAGUCGUCGUCGUUGCGCCUGUCAUCGCGGUGCACGAGCCCAACUCGGAAGACGAACUCGACACGUUCCACCUCGAAGCCCUCGUCGAGAGCCUCGUCGAGUGCACCUCAAAGGACACGGGUGUCAACGUGGCCGCGUACCUUGACGUGUGCGCCGAGACGGCCAAGAUGCUCGUGCUUUUAGGCAAGGCGACGGCGUUCGCAGCGAGCACGGUCGCCGGCUACAUGAUUGCGAUCGACGCGAGCUUGUGCACGAACGCCGCGCUCAUUGGUGACGACGACGGCGUGUCAUCGUGGCGCAGCCGCAAGCCGCCGCUCCGCCGCGUCAUUGACAACGAAGUCGCCGCGGGCCUCGCGACCAUCGGCGGCAAGAAGAAUCCGUCCGUGAGCCGUGGCGUCUUGCGGCUCUUGUGGUUUCUGGACUUUGUCGAGGCGACGCUCCGCCUCUGCUUUGUCGAAGGCGACGUCGACGACCUCGGGCCGUCCAUGUCCAAAGCGUACGAGACGACGCUUGGGUCGCGCCACCCGUGGCUCAUUCGGAAAGGCGUCAUGUCGGCGCUCGGGUCAGUGCCGAAGCGGUCGAUGAUCCUCACGGGCAUGGCCAACGGCAAGCCCGAAGCCGACGCGCUCGCGCACCUCCAGAAGGCCCAAGAGCUCAUGAAGCGCGUCAUCGAUGACGUCCGAGGCGUCCUCGCCGACCACGAGCUUUUGGAUUUGAAGUAG